AUGGCGUCUUCCCUCUUGUCUACGUCCAUCUUUUCCAACUCAGCCGCAAACUCGCGUACAAGUAGUCCCAGAACAAACUCCAACGUGCCUCUUCCUCGCGGAGGUGGCAUCCUCCUCAAUCCACUCACGCCGUUGGCACUACCGGGAACCAGCAGUCCGUCUACUCAUUCUCCACGCCCAAACACUUCAUUGUCACUCGCUCCAAACUCGACAACCUCGGAAUAUGCCUCUUCCUUUUCGAGUUCGCCCCACCCCCGUUCAGCCACGUCCCCCCUCCCGCGCUCAGAUUCUAGUUCAUCUAGUCAAAGUGAGACCAACAAUUCCAACGGCAACGCGACUCAGAAUGGCAACAGCCACUCUCGCGCAAACUCGAUCCGCAAGAUUCGCUUUGCGCCCUUACCCGAUCCAAGACGGGAAGAAUUGGCAGAAAACGUGUACACGACAGACAGUCCCCUCAUCGGUGCGCCUGGAGGUCUGACCCUCCCCUCGGACGAGGGCGUGUCGCUCGUGCAGCAACAACAAUUACCCACCACCACCAAUACCAGCAGUGCCCUCGGUCUUGUUCACAGCGCAGGGGAUCAACCUGCCGCCGGCACUUUACUCCUCCCCGCGGGCGCACAGGGCGCAAAUGUCGACGAGUCGGCCAUUCCCGACGAAACGGCCUCGGAUUAUGGAAGCUCAACCUCCGCCCUCCGUCGUGACAACACGGUCUCUAAACCAAAGCGCUGGAGCCAACGUCUUUUUGGACCGCUUUUGGGUAAAACCACCAGUGGUGGUGGCUCUGGCCCUGGUUCACCCAUGAGCUUUGAUGGGGGACGGGGAGCGCAAAGUGAGGACGAGAGCAUGUGGCGAACAGCGUCCCGUGACUCGAUGGCCUCGAAUACGAGCAACGAGGGGGGCAUGCUCGCAGGCCUCGCGCUGACCCGAAGACGAACGGCGUCUGGCGCAGACAGUCGACCAUCGAAACUGUCACUCGGUUUUGGUGGUGGUGGUGGUGUGCCCAUGAAGCGUGUCCAGUCGCUCGGAACGCCCGUGUCAAAGGGACCACUAGCACCAGCGCCGCGGAGACGAAAUCAACGAAUGCUAAAUGGACGUGUGUAUGGUGCGCCACGAUCAAGACCGUUUGAUAACGUCCAAGAUACCGAACCCGAGUUUGUCGAAUGGGGCCAUGGCGGCGCGGGAAGUGUCAAGAAUGCAGGGCUCGCUGGAGGCAAAUACGCCGGCAUUCAGAGUCAGGGUAACGUCAGCGUCGGAGCCACUGCCGGUGGAAGCGUUGCAGAUGAUGACGACGGGAGCGGUAUGGCGUGGGUGAAGCGAAGAAGAGAACAACGGGAGCGAGAAAAGGCAGAAGCAGAGAAAAAGGCUGCAGAGGCGAAAGAAGAUACCACCAAUUCAUCUCCAAACGCGGUGGCGGAAUCCGAGAGCAAUGUGACGAUCCAAGCACGCGAUUUUGUGGCAAAAGACGGUCAACUCGUCGAAGAUCCCGAGGCGGUCGACCUCUCUUCGGUACCCAUAACUACAUCCGGCUCAUCCAACGUUACGCCACGACCGUCGGGUACGCCGACCGGUGUGGGCACACCUAGACGCAAGGACAGCGGUAUGACCAUUACCAAUGUCGGCUCGCCAUUGUCCAACGAGUUGACGAUCAAUGUGGCUGAAGAUGAACAUCACGUCGUCAAGGCCGUGGCGGUUCCUGCUCAUCACCAUCACCAUCACCAUUCUCACGUUCAGCAUCCACACUCUGCAAACGAACCUGGUCGCAAGUCGCCGCCUCCACCUACCGGUGCCACCCCAUCCGAGGCAAGUAGCGUGACGGGAGACGACGAGGACGAUGAUGAUUCGGAUUCCUCGAGUUCGGACGACGAGGAUACGCAAGAGGAGCAAGAUAGCGAUACGGAAGAAGAAAUGGCCGAACGCGAGGAGAACCGCAAGACGUCGCUUUGCGCUGGUGUCGAAAAGAUUUCGCGUCAUCGAGAUCAACAAGUUCCUGGCUGUUGA